GCAACAGCUGAGUUGGUGAUACAGAAUGUCAAGCAAGCCUCUUAUCGAGCUAAUUUUGUGUUGAUACUGUACGAAUAGACUGCUGUAACACUACUACUUCUAAGUAUGAACUGAAGUGUUUGUCUGCUUACUUGCUUUGGAUAAAUUAAUGGCAAACAUAGAUGUUGGGAAUGCCGGGGAUCUUCAAUCUCAAAUCGAAGAGGUCGAGGCACUUUCCUCCAUAUACGGUGACGAAUGGUGUGUUAUUGAUGAAGCAGCAAGAAUAUUUUGUAUCAAAAUAACUGAUGAUAUAGACUAUCCAAAACUGAAAGCAUGUUUACAGAUCAUUCUCCCACAUGAUUACCCGAGUGCAGCGCCACCUGUCUACCAAAUAAAUGCAGCAUGGUUGCGAGGCCCUGAUAGAAAGACCCUGUCCAACAGCCUUGAGGAGCUCUAUGUGGAGAACACUGGGGAAAGCAUCCUCUACCUCUGGGUGGAGAAGAUCCGGGAGUUCCUCCUGGAGAAAUCCCAAAGCACAGACACAGUGGAGCAACCAGAGGUGAGAAAUAUGGCAACAGAGGAGGAGGAAGUGGCGGAUGAUGUAGAAAUCCCUGAUUACCGCACUCUGAAGCUGAACAAAGAGAAUGUACACCUCUUUGAAAAUCACUCAAGUGAUGAGGAACUACCUCCUAUAAAACUGGGGGAGACGAUAACAGAAAGACGCAGCACCUUCCAACCACACUUAGCCCCUGUGGUAACACCUAGACAGGUUAGAAUGGUUCUUGACAAGCUGUUUGAAAACAAGAAGAUUGCAAGUGCCACUCACAAUAUUUAUGCAUACAGGAUAUACUGUGAAGAAAAGCAGAGUUUCCUGCAGGACUGUGAGGAUGAUGGAGAGACCGCAGCGGGAGGACGAUUGCUUCACUUACUACAGAUCCUGGAUGUGCGGAAUGUGCUGGUGGUUGUGUCUCGCUGGUAUGGAGGGAUUCUACUGGGUCCAGACCGUUUCAAACAUAUCAACAACUCUGCCAGAAACAUCCUGGUCCAGGAGGGAUACACAUCCUCUGCGGAUGAGGCAUCCAAAGCUGGAGGGAAGAACAAAAAGUCAAAAAGCAAGAAGACAAAGUAAAGUGAUGUACUCUGAAUGCUAGUCAUUGGCAAUGCACUCUGUAAUAUUGUUGAACGGUUUACAGAAAGGAACAGACAUUUCUGACCUCUAUGAGGAGUUCAAUCUCCAAAAAGUUUUGUUGUGCCUUAAACUGAAAAUGGGAAUUUCAUGGCAACUAUGUAAUGUUAGUGUCGAACAUUCAGGAUUAAAGGAAAGUAAGCCCAUCUCCUCAUAACCAUAAUGAAAACUGAUUAUGUGAGUCAUUUCUAUUAAUAAAAAAAGGGCUGCAUACAUGA